CUGCUGGCAAUUUGCCUGCCCUUGCUGUGGACCAUCCUGGCCUCGGCUUCCUUGCAGCCUCCAACUACCACAGUCCCUGUGAAGCAGGGCACCUGCGAGGUGACAGCUUCUCAUCGCUGCUGCAACCGGAACCGCAUCGAGGAGCGAUCCCAGACUGUCAAAUGCUCUUGCUUUACUGGCCAGGUGGCUGGCACCACACGGGCAAAGCCCUCCUGCGUGGACGCCUCCAUCGUCCUGCAGAAGUGGUGGUGCCAGAUGGAGCCCUGCCUGCCGGGGGAGGAGUGCAAGGUGCUCCCCGACCUGUCGGGAUGGAGCUGCAGCAGUGGACACAAAGUCAAAACCACCAAGGUGACACGAUAGCUUUUGGGUCACAGCCUGGACGGGACAGCUUGACUGAGCCACGGACUGAAGCAUGGUAUCCGGUCAUCACCCAGCAAGAAUGGAGGUUCACUCACCUCGACACACGCCCCGUGCCAAGCGCAGUGUCCCUGCUUCUGGGGGCGUUGCAGUUAAGCUGCUCAGCGGGUAUGCGCAGAUCUCGCCACAUCCCUAGUGCUGUGCUGGGCUCUCCUGGGGGGCAGGGAAGAAGGUCAGGAUACAACUCCUGCCCUCAAGGAAUGUCCAGUCAAGUUGGAGAGCUGACGAAAGGCAAUUUGGAUUAAGGUAUGUGGUAUCAGACCGGCUUCUGGGCCACAGGCUGUGGGCACGUUGGGGGGUUUGGGGAUGAGACUCCCGCAGCUCUUCAGCCACCCGCUGCACAAAGACAAGGGUCACCCCCAGCACCAACCACUCGCCUCCCUCACAUCAGUCCGAAUCCCCAGCAAGCUGCUAACACGUUGAAGGAAAACGCUCUCCCCUUAUGCCACACUGGCUGUGUCUCCUUUGGAUGGGACUGGCUUGACUUGGGAAGGAAUACAGAGAUGAAGCCAGACAGCUUCCAGCGAAGUUUCUGCAGAGGCGUGGCCUGAUUUGGCUAGUUCAUUGGGUUUGAGAUGGACAGGACCUUAAAAUCAUCACCAUCCAAGCACCUCAGGUUUUUGUUUGUUUGCUUGUUUGGACAGAUGAGUAAACUGAGUCCCAGAGAGGUGAGAUGACUUGCCCAAGGCCUCACAGCUGGGGCCUCCAAUUCUCUAAGACUAGUGACCUUUCAAUUCAGCCUGGAUGUGGAUUCCAACCUGGGCCUUCCAUGUUGUUUUUUAUCUCUCAAGAACAGAAACCUGCAAAGAACAGCUGCACAGCAGCAACGUUUUUCUCAGGAGACCCUAGAGCAGGAACUUUUAUAAGGUCACUGUUCUCCUAUCUGAAAUGAUCCAGAAUACCUGCGCACCAGGAUGUGGGGCCACUGGAUCUCCGCUUUGUCCUCAGCUCAGAAAAUUCCGAACAGGCCCCAUGAUAGCCCAGAGCUCACGCAGCCCAUUUACAGCUGGCGCACUUGGAGCUGGCAGCCCCAUUGCUCACUCUGACCCAUCUCUUCCACAGUCCUUAGGCUGUCACUCUUGGAGGAUCUGGCUCCAUGGGAGGUCUGGGCGGGGUCCAGGACUGCUCAGAGUCCUUUCCCUUCAAAGGCCUGGCUGGGCAGGAGGAGACCCCUGCUGGGCUGGGUGAUCCAGGGUUGACAGUUGGUACAGGCUUCAGGGACUCAGAGACAGGGGCUACGUGGGUAUCUCUUCAGUAAGAGAAUUACAGCCUCAGUGACUGCUGGGGUCACCUGGGAUCACCAGGAUUGCAGAGUACGGGGAGCAGGGGUGUCAGCAGAGACCACCAUAGACGAUGCUGAAUUUACUGUCGAUAUCAGCCCCUCACUGCUUCUCUCCCUCCCUCCCGUACUGCAGAACCAAGACCAUUCCCCCGGACUUCAGGGUUUAUCCUCUUAUGUUUGUUUUGUUUUUGGUGAUGGGGCGAACAGUGAUGGCAUCUUCUUACUAGACUAAAUGUCAGAAUUCUGACAACUUCAAAUCUCUGCCCAUACGGAGUCACGGGGUGGAGUGGUAAAGGAGUAGGUCAAAGGUUGGCAUCACCUCCUUCAAGCCUGCGGAGUAUAUUAGGGAUUGGCACAUUUCUGGAAAGGGCCAAAUAGUAGAUAUUUUAGGCUUCACAGGCCACAUACAGUCUUUUUGGUGUAUUUUUCUUGGGUGUUUUUGUUUGUUUGUUUUAAAAAACCUUUUAAAAAAUGUAAAAUAUAUUCUUAGCUCAAGGACUACAAAAGCAGGCCCCAGGCUGUUUGGGGAAGGUUGCCAGUGAACCUUUGCAGGCAGGCCAUCGUUCAUCUCUGCAGCUUAGGACUGCCUCCCAGCCUCCUGGCCUGUCUUAGGUGCAGUGGGAACCUGAGCUUGAAGUCUGUGUUGGGUUUUGUUUUUCUUCUAAUGCUCCUUGAGAGAUUGGUGAGUGAAUUAUUUAGGCUACAAAUGGACAGCGUUAGCAGAGUCAGACAAUGAGAGCCGCUUUCCUGGAGGCCAAGAUGUGGGCUUCUCCACUCCCUCCCCGCCCCCUUGAGAUGCUGUUGUGGAGGCAGGAAGAGGGCUCUUGCCCCCUGCCCAUCUGCCUGGUCCACAAGCUGUGGGGCUAUGAGCUGGGGAUGAACCUGAGAGAGUGGGAUGAGGCUGUACAACACCCACCCCCCACCUCCCCCAAACUGUCAACCACUGCCAGCCCCGGCCUCAGCCAAAGUCCAAGCCCCCGAUGCUCCCUGACCUCUCUCAUCCCUGCUUACAGAGCCGACCCCUUUCCUUUGGCAUGUGUUAGGAUCUGCUAAUUCUUUUUUUUUAACCCCUCAAAGUCUCCGUUUCUUCCUGACCUAGUCAGAUACUUAUUUGGUGGGCUUUGAGGGGUGUCGUUUACAUGGCCUGGAGACCCGCACACAGAAGGGUCGGGUGGAGAAAGGAAAGCAUCCCACCUCCCAAUAGUAGUAGCUCCCACUAGGGCCCUAUUUCCAACGAAGUCAAUAUUUGUGUGCAUUUUGUAUCUACUGCAACCUCGGUUUAGGAAUGGAAAUUGAUUUUCCUAGAGCGCAGGGGUCCUGGAGUCCUCUGUCUUCCUUUUCUCCUAGUCAGAUGGGCUCUCAGAUUCCCUGAAGUGAGCUGGUGUCCCCACCCCCUCAGCCAUGAAGGCCUUAGGAAGGCCCCCAGCUCCAGGAAAUCAUGUGGCUAAUUUCUGUGACCUCCCGGCAGUUUCAUUAAGGUCUGUGAGUGACAUCCUAAUUAAUGGCCCCAGACAGUUGCCUGGAGUUGAGGCUGCAGCUUCCUAAAAUUACAAGCUUAGAGCUAAAAGGGACUUUAGAGAUCAGUUAGCCAACUCCCUCAUUUGACAGAUGAGGAAAAGGAGACUCCGAGAGGUUAGGUGAUUUGUUCAGUCACACAGCUAGCUGGUGGCACAUCCUGCCCCGUGAUCAAGACAAGUGCUGUUUACACUACUACACAGUGCCUCUUGACUCUAGUACAGAUGAGGAGGCUGAAAGGCAGCCAGGCUUUAGCAAGAAUGAACAUGAAAGAGACUCAUUCUAAAAUCGCCAACCCGUAAGCGCAAGGGGACAGGGUGAAGAAGAAUGGGAAGCAUUUAGAGAUAUACACACAGAAAGAAGGAAGUCAGCACGAAAAGGAGGAAUUAAGAUCACUCAUUCAGAAGAACAUCAAAACACCAAAGCAUAGCACAAAAUAAUUAGAACAAAACUGAUGCCACAUCCAAAGCAGUUGAUUUUUGUCCUUUUUUGAGGAGACAGAGUAGAGCCCCUAUCAACCGUUGGAAGACCUGCGAAGCCAGUCUUGAUGGCUUCUGGGUUUAGACCCUUGUGCAGGGGUCUGCAAACUAAGGCCCAUGGGCCAAAUCUGGCCUGCUGACUUUGUAAAUAAAGUUUCGUUAAAACA